GAAAAGAACUUGUCACUUUUAUUCAACAUUCGACUUUAUAAUUUAAUUUCAAUUUUGCUACUUUAAUUUACUUUCUUAAUUUAUUUUUUUCCCUUCUUUUCUUAUUUCUUUAAUAUUAUACGAAUCCAUCUCUACUCUGUAACUCACUAAUCUAAUAUAAUUUUUGUAAAUUAACUAUUUAUUUGUUAUACACUCACCAUUACCUUACGACAAAAUUUAAAUCUCUUCAAUUGAUUUACUUUUUGCAAAAAGACUAAACCUUUAGUUUAGACCAUUGGUUUUUUGCUGCCUAAUCUUUGUCGGAUUGUACACUUCAUCGUUCUCAUCCUCUUUUUACCUCUCUUACCAAAUCACUGUAAUUUUUUUGUGUGUGAAAUUGUUAUCUAAAUCGCCAAAAUUGAUUCAAAGUGGAAGUUCGAUUUACUCGGCUGGGAAACUAGCCUUGGAUCAGAUUUGUUUCCUACUAAUCUAAGAUCUUCAACGACUGAAAAUAUUGACCAUGGUGGACGAUUCUUUACUCCAACUUCAACGUCAACUUCCUCCAAUGAAUCCAGAUCAAGUCCUAGUCGAUCAAACACGUUUGGCUCUGGCAAUUCAAGUAAUGUGAAUAAUGGAAAUGGUAAUAUUGGUGGUAAUAUUACCAAUCAUGGUAAUAAAGAAAAUUCAAGUAACCUGAUGUGGGACAACUUUUGGCCACGGACUAAUGUUGCAGAUGUGUCCUCAUCGGGAAGUAGUGACAACAGUGGUCGUGGCUCUUCAGAUUGGCCAUAUCGUGAAUGGACAAACCAAGUAAAUACCAGUUCUACUCCAAUUCCUAUGGAUAAUCGUGAUGAUGGCUCUAGAAAUAAUCAGCGAUCAUCUUUUAGCUUUCCCGGUGAUAGUAAAUUGUUGGACUUAUGCGGAAGCUAUGGAAGUCUUCUAUCUGCAAGUUUGAAUCGUAACUGUGACAAUUUUGGACAAGUACCGCCGAGAAGUGGUAUCCGUGCUAUAAGAGCUCCUAAUUCUAACAACUCGACCAAUAAUAGUAAUAGCCUCAACUCCAAUUCUUCUCGACUUUUUUCCGCUGGAGAGCCAACAACCUCAUUUGAGUCUUCCUUUUCAAAUAGACUAAACAACUCUGGUAGCUCAGGUCGUGAUAGUCGCGAAUCUCCAAAUUCACCAAUAAAUUCGGAUUCUGGUUUAGCGCUUGGAUCUUUGGUUUCUGAUGAAUAUGUAACCCAGUUGAUGUCCCAACUUAAUUUAGCAUCCUCUAUUAACGAGGUAUGUCGAGCUCAAGUUAAGGCAUCUACACGGAUGCCAAAUGCUGCAGCUUCAAUGUUCUCUUUACCACAUCCAACCUCUCUGGUUAUGCCUGCCUAUCCUCCUGGGCUUAGCCGAACGGCUUCUUUCCCAGAUCCGUUCAUGUUAACUUCACUUAGUGGAGAUAAACGCUGGAUGUAUGCUAAAUUUGGAUCUCAUCGAGAUUAUCUUGAUAAAGCUAUCGAGCUCCAAAGAACUGCUGCCUCUUAUUCAGAAGCUACUCUCAAAUGGAGCGGAAAUAUAUCAAGCACGGAUGUUAAAAACCCAAGUUACUCAACAAAAGUUUUCCUCGGUGGUACGCCUUAUGAUUUAACAGACGAGGAAUUGAUUCAAUUUUUCUCAACAUUCGGUCGUGUUGAGGUUGAAUGGCCAAAAGAAAAUUCAAAGACUAAGCAAAAGAAAAAGGGUUAUAAUUAUAUGAUCUUCGAAUCAGAAAAAUGUGUCAAAGCAUUAUUGUCCCGGUGUGAAGUUCGUAGAGGGAAAUAUUAUAUAAAAUUGCCUUCACGAAGAAUGCCUGACAAAGAUGUUCAAGUUAUCCCAUGGGCUCUCUGUAAUAGUAAUUACACCAAGGAUUCGAAUUUUAGAGUUGAAUUUAACAAAACAGUUUUUGUCGGAAAUCUUCAUGGUAUGAUGACUGCUGAAGCUUUGGCUAAAAUAAUGGAUGAACUGUUUGGUAAUGUAAUCUAUGCUGGAAUUGACGUAGAUCGCCAUAGAUACCCAAUAGGAUCUGCUCGGAUCGCAUUCAGCGAUACUAGAAGUCACAAGAAAGCCGUUGAAGCAGCUUUCAUUGACGUUGAGAUGGGAAGAGUCACAAAGAGACUCCAAUUGGAUCCUUAUUUGGAAAAUCUUAACUGUUCUCUAUGCACAACACAAGCAGCGCCAUUGUAUUGUCGAGCUUGUGCUCAUUAUUUCUGUGAACCAUGUUGGAAUUUCCUUCAUAGUAAUGAGACAAUGAAAAAUCAUCGUACUUUGGCUCGAAAACGUCGAAACAAGUAAAAUAUUAACGAAUAUCAAGCGAUUAAUCAUGGAAACUGCAGAUGCGGCCAAACUCAAAGACCAAAUUCUAUUUUGAUUUAAAGGGAUACAUUUUAUAGAGUUCAUUGGAUUUUUCUAAUCAAUUGCCAAAAGUUUAUUUUUCUGAGACUAGGAUAUUCAUUCCCUACUCUCAAAUCACUCAACUCUUAUCCUCAAUCUUUCGCUCUUUAGCUUUUUCUUUUUCAAUCUCCUAUCUUUCUCUCUCUCUCUUUCUCUUUCUCAACCUUCCUUUUCUCUUUCUCCUCUACCUUCUGGUCAUGGUCUUAUUGUAUCUUAUGAAAGAAAUUCCGGGUUUUCUUUUGUAAAUAUACCGGUUCUUAGCUGAUACGAAUAAGCCUUUUUUUGAAAUCAAGCUUUUUUCGUUGAUUCAUUGUGAAAAAGUUUAACUAAAUGGAAUUCCAAAUUUAAAGCCAAAAAUCAAGUUUACAAAAUUACCAGAUAAUCCUGGUCACCAAACCAAUACAAUUUUUUCUCUUAAAAUGCUUUCAAAUCGAAUUGAAAAUCAUAAUGUGUCAUAAAUUAUAUUGUAAUCAAAUUCUGAUCAAAUUCUUGUCUAUUCUGACUAUUUAAAAAUGUGGCGGUAAAUCUGCUCUAGUCUUCUAUUAUGUUCAAAGACAAUUUUGCCUAAAUUUUGUACCAGGAAUAAAUUGAGCAUAUCAGAUAAAGCAACAAUCGUCUUUCAUUCGUACUUUAAAUAAACAGGACUUCAUUUAUA